AUGUGGGGGAAAGCCUCACACCCGUUGCUUUCUUCCUGCAGUCGCCUUACUCCCUCUUCUCCUCACGCCGCCUGGGCCGGCAUCGCUGCGAGCAGACGAAUGGUCUCUCGGGUCACUGCGCCAGCAUGGCUCUCCUCGCUACUAAAAGAAAACAACCCGGCACCAAAGCUCUACGCGUGGACACCAGCACAUCUAGGUCUCUCCACCGGUUCGCCGCCUUCGUCGUCCUCGCUGUCGACCCAGCCGCCAGCCGCCGAUGAUGCCCGUCGCCGCUUGCACAUUCUCGGCCUCGGGAACCUAGGCCGCCUAUACGCCUUGUACAUCCGUUCUCGCGCCGAUCCGCCUCCCAUCACGCUCAUUGUCCAUCGCAAGGAGCUCCUCUCGCAAUGGCACGAGAGCAACGGCAUCGAAAUCACCACACACCACGGCCAGGUGCACACCUGCAAGGACUUUGACAUUGAAUGGUGGACGGAGGAGAAGCCGCCGUCCCAGACCGGUCGUCUCGCGCCCCCCGUUCGCGAAGCAGCCGACGGCGGCGCCAUCCAGAACCUCCUUGUCACGACCAAGGCGCAGGCCGCACUGCCCGAGGUGGACCGCAUGCGCCGCUACCUUGGCGCGCAGACCUCGGUGGCCUUUGCACAGAACGGCAUGUCCAAGCUGUGGCCGCCGCACGGCGCCGCCUACAUGGCCGCGCGCUUCCCCGCCGGCGACGGCUUCAACGCCCUGCUCUGCGUCACCAACCACGGGCUCUACUCGACGGGCGCCUUCCGCAGCGUCUUUGCCUCGCCCGCCGACGCCUACCUCGGCCCCGUCCUGCUGCAGAGCACGGCUGGCGCCGCCGCCGCGCCGCCCAGCGCCGCGUAUCUUACCUCGCAGGUCACGAGCACGCCGGUCCUCGCGGCCAAGGCCUUCAGCAGCCUCGACGUCUGGGUGCUGCAGCUCGAGAAGCUCAUCAUCAACACGUGCAUUAACCCGCUGACGGCCAUCCUGCGCUGCAAGACGGGCGGGCUGUUCGCCGCGCCGGACGGCGUCCCCGCGCAGGUCAUGGACCUCAUGCUCGCCUCGUCGAGCCGCAUCCUGCAGGCCCUCGUCGCGGACCCGAGCAACGAGGCCAUCCUCGCGACGGACACGCAGGGCCGCAGCGUCGCCGCGCUGCGGGCGGAGCUCACGGCGCGGUUUGCCCAGCCGCGGCUGCGGGACAUGCUGCACCGCGGCGGGCUGCGCGUCAAGGACAACAAGAGCUCCAUGCUGCAGGACGUCGAGGCCGGCAAGCCCACGACCGAGAUCCGAGACUUCAACGGCUGGCUCGUCGACAUGGCGGCCUACCUCGGCGACGACGCCAUCGAUGUCGGCGUCCACGAAAAGGUCAUUGAUCUAGUUGAGCGGCGGGUAGUGAUGGACGAGCAGCAGCUCGCGGCGCACAUUUUGGCAGCAUGA